CAGAAGACAAAAGAGUAGUGCAUGAGUGUGCAGAAGUACGAGUGUAAGAGACUGCACUGAUGAGGAGAGAGCAGAGGUGUGCAAGUCAAAGAGACUUCUCAGAAAGUCAAAGCGCUCAUUACUAAAGGGGGUACAAAAGAAGCCAACUAAGUGCUCAUAGGCACCAAAAGCGCUAACUAGAUGGUUGGGGUGUGAAGGCAUGAGAAGAGCGCACAGAGAGCAAAGAGACACUUACAAAUAAAAAGCUAGAGAAAACUAAAACAACCAAAAGGUGAGACUGAGUGCUGAUGAUCUAAGGAUGGCUGGAAUCAAAACAUCCAGUGGAGAAUACAUUGACUCCUCCUGGGAGCUCAAAAUCUACGUAGAAGAUAUGGGGCCCGAUGCGGAUCCAGUAACAUUCAGAGUGACAGGCGAAACUCAUAUUGGGGGUGUGAUAUUACAGGCAGUAGAAAAAAUAGGAAUAUCUCAGGACUGGUCAGACCAUGCCAUAUGGUGGCAACAGAAGUGUCAGUGGCUGCUGAAAACCAGCUGGACUCUUGACAAAUAUGGUGUUCUGGCUGAUGCCCGCCUCAUCUUCACUUCUCAGCACAAGCCUGUCAUCCUGUCUCUGCCUAACCAGCGCUCUCUGCGCAUCAGGGUCUGCUUCUCUAGCACCACUUUCAGUGCAUGUGCCGAAGUCUGCAAGGUUCUAGGUAUUAGAUACCCCGAAGAGCUUUCUUUCCUAAAGGCACCAGAAGAUAAAGAGAAAAAGAAGAAAAAGAAAGAUCCUGUCACUCAAGAGAUAUUUGACCUCACCUCCCUGCAGCCCUCUGAUGGCUCUGCAGUAUUGUUGCAGCAGGGGGGGAUCCCAGCUCAUUUCCUUGCUAGCCCUGAGGCACAAGAAGGUUACCGAGCUCUAUCAGUCUGUCAAACAGCCUUAACCCCAGAAGACAUCCAGAAACGAUAUAAACCAAUUACUGUGACUGACAAAACCUUAAUCCAUGGCAGGUGGCUGAACUCCUCCAAAUCUCUCAUGCAGCAGGGGGUGCAGGAAGGAGACAGACUCUGGCUGCAUUUCAAAUAUUACACUUUUCACGACUUGGACCCAAAGCUGGAUGUUGUCCGGAUCAACCUUCUGUUUGAGCAGGCACGAUGGGCAGUGCUACUAGAAGAGACUGAGUGCACAGAAGAGGAAAUGAUGGUGUUCGCUGCUCUACAGUAUCAUGUGAAUAAAUUGUCAGUGACCUCUAAUCCAAUGGAUUUGCCACAGGACCCAGCGCUGCAGGAUCUUGAAGAAGCAUUGUCCAAUCUGGAGGUUAAAAUGGAUGCAAAUACUCCCAGUGAGGCCCUGGAAGGAAUCCAGUUAGAACCCGGUCUACAAGAAUACCUCCGAGUGUUUAGACCAAAGAAAAUGACACUGAAAGGCUAUAAACAGAACUGGGUGCUGCUGAAAGAUACUAAUUUGUCAUGUUAUAAGAGCAAAGAAGAGACCAGAGGGGAGCCACUGAUCAUGUUCGGUCUGAAGGGGUGUGAAGUAAUACCAGAGGUCAACAUAUCCUCCCAAAAGUUCUGCAUCAGGCUUCUAGUCCCAACCCCAGAAGGAAUGAAUGAGGUUUACCUGCGUUGUGAUGAUGAGCAACAGUAUGCCCGCUGGAUGGCUGGUUGUCGCUUAGCAGCUAAAGGGCGCACGAUGGGUGAUGCAUCCUAUGAGGGUGAAGUGCAGAGUGUCCUGUCAUUCUUAAACCUACAAAAAUCCACCACCACCCAAUCGAACACCACAGCCUCAGACUCCAUCAAUGUUCAUGCCUUAGUGUCUCCACGAUUCCAAAAGAAACUAAAACCCAAGCAGUUGACGCCGCGUAUCUUGGAAGCGUAUCAGAACAUAGCACAACUGUCUCUCAUAGAUGCCAAACAGCGGUUUAUUCAAGCCUGGCAGUCCCUGCCUGACUUUGGGGUCUCAUACUUUCUUGUAAGGUUUAAGGGUUCUCGCCGGGAUGAGAUUCUGGGAAUUGCCAGUAACCGCCUGAUUCGCAUUGAUCUCAGUGUUGGAGACAUAGUGAAAACCUGGAUGUACAGCAAUAUGAAACAGUGGAAUGUCAACUGGGAUAUACGACAGGUUUCCAUUGAAUUCACAGAGCACAUAAAUGUGGCUUUUACUUGUGUCUCUGCUCCUUGCAAAGUUGUACAUGAGUAUAUUGGGGGCUACAUCUUCAUGUCAACACGGGGCAAAGAUGGAGGGUCUAAAACUCUAAACGAAGAGCUGUUCCAUAAGCUGACUGGUGGGCAUGAGGCCCUUUGAAUUUCUGCACCAUAUAGUUCAUGUAAUAUAUGGUUUCUAUUAUCACAUUUUUUUCUGUAAAUGGCCUUGUAAUUCUCCCAGGCUAUGCAACACACUGUUUCAGCCAAUAUUUCCACGUCACACUGGUGUGUGGGUCAACAGUAGCCAUUUUUUUUUUCCACAUGGGUAAUUUUUUCAAUAAGUUCAACAGUAAGAAAACUUUACAAACCCUUCACACCCUCAUACACUGCAUAUCAAACAUGUAGAGGCAGCACUAAUAUGGUUCUAUAUGUACAAUCAAUGAGCUUCAACCUAUUGGUGUUUCUGAGGCACAACCAUUGAUUUUGCAGAAUAUAGCGAUCUUGAAAGAUUACAGAUCUGAGCCCCAAUAACCCUUAAAUCUGCCAGUAAAGGUAAUUUAUAUGUGCAAAUUAAAUAGUUCAUUUUAGAUGGAUUAAUAUACCUUUUACAUUAUGUACAGAUUACUAGAGUAUGUAAUCUUUAUGGAUCAAUCUAAAGGACUUUUGUUUUAUGUAAACUGUUGUUUUCACAAAAUAUAUAUCUAUGCACAAAAACUGCCAUAUACAAUGUGAGUUUAUGUGUUUGUUUAUACAUAUAUCCAACAAGGCUACCACCAGCACUGCAGGACUCACAGGAAGCACUUUCCUAUCAAAAUGUUACACUAAAUGAAAAUACUCCCCAGUGAGGCCAUGGAGCAGCUUCCAUGUCAAUGCCUGUGCCAAUAAUUACUCUUGGCAAUUAAUAAUACUGCCUCAAUAUUAUUGUGUAUUUGUUACUGCACAGCCUAUAAACACACAGACUUUAUCACAAAUGGUUGUAUUUUACAAGAAGAAAUCAAUAUAUGGCCAGGACAUCUCAUAGUGUUCUCAUGCAAAAUCACAGUAUUGUUUGUGUAAUGCUAACAUCUUCCUAAGACCAAACGGCUAUAAAUAGGACUAUAAAUGAUAUAUCUGUAUUAUACAUAUACAUGGUAUCUUGUUUAAUUAAAGAACCAAUACAUCUAUCCAGCGGCCACUUCUUUAGGUUUCUUUGUCUCUUGAAUAUUCAAGUGGAAUCAUUUGUCCUAUGAGAGAAUGAAACAUAAUGUCACUUUUGUACACUAGUGCUGAAGAUAUGUAUAGGAACAUAAAUCUGUAAUAUUCUUAGGGACCACCAGGUGUUUCUAUAUGAAUGCUAUAGCCGAUUUUCAUGAAAACAAAUGUAUUCUUUUAUUCUAGUAAAGAGUUUAGCAUUGAGAAUAUUGCUUUAUUUUGUUUUAAAUAUCUUUCUGCUUACAUGGAACUUUAAAGAAGUAUACAACACUAA